UACGAUUACUGUCCGCGACCCCGUGAGUGCUGUACUCGUCGUGAGCGCGUCCGGCCUUGCAUCGGUUGAAACACUGGAGCGCACGUAAGGAGGCAGAGUGGGAUUCAUUGGUAGAAAGGCUAGAGAGAGGAGUAGGAAGGAAAUAAAACAAAAAACCUAGAGCCAGUGGAAUUAAGGAGGCUGGCAAAAGUCAGAAAAUCGGAGGAGAAAGAGUCUGACGAGAAAGCACAAAUUCAAACAGUAAGAGAUGGCUAAGGCGAGUGAGGUUUUGAUGUCGGUCCUGUCCACAAUUCGGGUUCCGCGGGCCGGGGACCGUGUCCACAAAGACGAAUGCGCCUUCUCCUUUUCUUCACCGGAGAGCGAGGGAGGUCUGUACGUGUGUAUGAAUACUUUCCUGGGGUUUGGCAGUCAGUAUGUUGACAGACACUACAGCAGGACCGGCCAGAGAGCCUACUUGCACAUCACACGCACCCGUAAAGCGCAGAAGGAGGAUGACAAUAGCUCUGGUUCAGGUGACCCACCCAAGAAGAAGCCCACUCGAUUGGCUAUUGGAAUAGAGGGAGGGUUCGAUGUGGAGCAGGAUCAGUACGAGGAGGAAGUGAAAGUAGUCCUGCUUCCAGACCGGCAGGAAGUGACAUCGGAGGACUUGGCCAGCAUGCCCGAAGUUGUGAGAGAGAGGGUGUCCCAGUCCAUGGCCGGGUUGAUGUCGGCCGACUCGGUGUCCCACGCGCUGCAGGUGCAGCAGUGGGACGGUGAGGUCCGGCUGGAGUCCAGACACGCCGCCGACCUCAAGCAGCUGGACAACGGAAUCAAGAUCCCACCCAGCGGGUGGAAGUGCGAGGUGUGCGACCUGCAGGAGAACCUGUGGAUGAAUCUGUCGGACGGGAAGGUGCUCUGCGGCCGCAGGUAUUUCGACGGCUCCGGGGGCAACAACCACGCCCUCCUGCACUUCCAGCAGACUGGAUACCCGCUUGCUGUCAAACUGGGAACAAUUACCCCUGACGGGGCAGACGUGUACUCCUAUGAGGAAGAUGACAUGGUGCUGGACGCUAAGCUCCCGGAGCAUCUCUCCCACUUCGGCAUCAACAUGAUGACCAUGGAGAAGACGGAGCGCACCAUGACGGAGCUGGAGAUCGCGGUAAACCAGCGCGUGGGCGAGUGGGAGGUGAUCCAGGAGUCGGGGGCCACGCUGCAGCCCCUCUGGGGCCCCGGCCUCACCGGCAUGAAGAACCUGGGGAACAGCUGCUACCUCAACUCUGUCAUGCAAGUGCUCUUCACAGUGCCGGACUUCCAGAGCAAGUACGUCUCCAAAAUUGAGAAGAUUUUCAGUGAGGGGCCCAGUGACCCAACCCAGGACUUCAAAACGCAAGUAGCAAAGCUGGGCUACGGCUUGUUGUCGGGAGAAUAUUCCAAACCUGCUCCUGACCCAGGAGAUGAUCCCACAGUGAACCCUGAACCCAGGGGGGACCAGGUUGGCAUAGCACCCCGCAUGUUCAAGGCCCUGGUUGGACGAGGGCACCCGGAGUUCUCCACCAGUCGUCAGCAAGACGCUCAGGAGUUUUUACUGCAUUUCAUUAACAUGGUGGAGAGGAACUGCCGUUCGGGAGAGAACCCCACCGAAGCCUUCCGCUUCCUGGUGGAAGAGCGGAUCGUCUGUCAGCAGUCACACAAAGCCAAGUACACACAGAGGGUCGACUACAUUGUGCAGCUACCUGUGCCCAUGGACCAGGCCACCAACCUAGAGGAAAUCCAGGAGGCAGAACGGCGGCGUGAGGAGGCGGAAUCGGCGGGCGCCCCCCCUCCGCCCGCCCCGCGCGCCCGCAUCCCGUUCACCGCCUGCCUGGCGGCCUUAAGUGAGCCCGAGACGCUGACCGACUUCUGGAGCUCCGCCGUGCAGGCCAAGACCACGGCCAGCAAGACCACCCGCUUCGCCUCUUUCCCCGAUCAUCUCGUCAUCCAGGUUAAGAAGUUCACCUUUGGCCUGGACUGGGUCCCAAAGAAGCUGGAUGUGAGCAUUGACGUGCCUGACACGCUGGAUCUGAGCGCGCUCCGUGGGACGGGACAGCAGCCGGGGGAGGAGUUGCUUCCAGAGGUGGCCCCGCCCUCUCUCGUGACCCCAGACGUGGAGGUCAAAGCCCCGGUGCUGGAUGACUCCACGGUGUCUCAGCUGUGUGAGAUGGGCUUCCCCCUGGAGGCCUGCAGGAAGGCGGUGUACUACACCGGGAACACCGGCAUCGACGCCGCCAUGAACUGGGUCAUGGGCCACAUGGACGACCCAGAUUUCUCCGCCCCCCUGGUGUUGCCCGGCUGUAGCUCCGCCCCCGGGACCACGCCCGCAGAACCCGUGUCCGAGGAGCACUUAGCGACCAUCGUCUCCAUGGGCUUCAGCCGAGACCACGCCACGCGUGCGCUGCGGGCCACGAGUAACGUCCUGGAGCGGGCGGUGGACUGGAUCUUCUCCCACCUGGAUGACCUGGAGUCCAUGGAGGUGUCGGAGGGGGGGCGCUCGGCCGGGGAGAGCGAGAAGAGCAAGGAGGCCCCCCCGGGACCCCGCGUGAGGGACGGACCUGGAAAGUAUGAGCUGUUCGCCUUCAUCAGCCACAUGGGCGCCAGCACGAUGUGCGGCCACUACGUCUGCCACAUCAAGAAGGACCAGCAGUGGGUCAUCUUUAACGAUCAGAAAGUAUGUGCCUCCGAGAAGCCCCCCAAGGACCUGGGGUACCUGUACUUCUACAGGAGAGUGACCGAGUGAGAGGAAAGAGGAGGGGGAGUGCCUACACACUCACUCACA